CAGAGGAGUGGAAGAGUGGGCGGGGCGUAAACAUACCUGAGCGGAGACGUUGGGCAGGUAUUCAGGAGGUCCAACAUCAAACACACCAAACUGAAGGGUGAUGCUUGAGUAGUUUGGGUAUAAUGAGCGAGCUGCUGCAUCCAGUAUCGUCCUGGUCCGUGGAACAGGUGUUGGAGUGGAUUCAGAAACAGCAUCCAGGACUCAUGGAGACUCUCUACAAAGGCAUCAUCAAACACGACAUAUCAGGCCGAGCUUUACUGAGACUAAGGGAGCAUCACCUGCAGCUUCUCGGGGUGGCGGAUGACGAGCAGCAGCAGGAAAUAUUGCAGAACCUUCUGCUUCUCAGAGUUCAGGAAGAAAUCAAUGAACUCAAUGACAUCUGCUCAGACUGUUUUUCUCCAUAAAGACGGUGAAACGACAGAAAGAUACCAGCUGGGUUUUUUAUUUCCCGUCUGUCCAUUCAUCUGCGCGAAGGAGAUUGAAAGGUGGCAGUGAUGGAAAUAACAAGAGAAGGUGAACAGAAAGGAGGAUCGAUGGGGAAGAGAAGAGAGAGAGAGAAACCCAUUUCCUGUGUGAAAUUUGACCCUCGCAGAUGGAUGAGAUUAGUUUUUGUCUGGUUGUCUUUUUUUUUAUCCCUAUUGUCCAUUUGUCUCCGUCCUUUUCCUCUGUCUGUAUUCUGUUUAACCAUACCAGUAUCUAAUAUCCGGCAAAUCUGUAUUAAAUAACACUCCCAGAAUGCUCUUGUGGUUCCUGCUAAGAACCGCAAAAAAAGGGAUUUCAGGUCUAGUAAAGCAUUUUGUUUGCUGAUAUUUUUUUUUUGACAUAAUUGUAAGCGUUGUGUCUAUGUGCUCAUUUACAGCACAUGUAUAAAUUAUUUAUACAGUAUGAACAUGUCAACAUUUUGUCAUAUUAAAACCCUUUCAUUUAGGUUCAAAAUCUAAAAUAGCAGAAAGUCGUACACACAACUAAACGUGGCUCAAAUGUUUUACAGUGUACCACUUCCUGUUGCCUUCUUUGUCUUUUUUUACCAGUAAUAACAUCCAGUAAUGUUGCAUUUUUGCGAAAUGAACUAAUUUCCAUACAGUGACAAAAAGCCUCUUCAUCCUAACACAAAAACUUUAUCAUAAAACAUGAGUUUUAUUCAGAAUUGUUAUGUUUCCGUUUAUUUUUGCAACUCCAGUUUGCACAUUUGUUUGUUGGAUGAAAACGCAGCUCAUUUAAUUGUUUUAUUUCUCGUCCAUCCAUUCUUUAUUUUAUUUUAGGAUUUUUUUAUUCUUACUGCUAAAAAUACAUUAAUUUGUACUAAAGGUUCAAUGGAAAAGUAGGUCACGACAUUUUCUUUGUGUUUGUAGGGUUCAGUUUGAGCUAAAGUCUGAAGGUUUUCAUCGUACUUGGAAACAUUUAUUGUAAAGCUAAAGACUAAAAAUCUGAAUAUUUAAUAAAGAAUUUGCUAUUUCAACUUCUUUUCUUCCUGUAUAUAAAUCUUUAAAACAUCUGCGAUAAGGAAAAAAAAACCUGGAACAUGCUGAUAUGGCUUCCCUUCUGAAAUAUAGUAUAAUUUUUUCUUUAAAAUAGACUUUGAUUUCUCGAUAACAUGAAUGAACUUAUCUUUCAGUGUUGGUUUGUGACAAUGUGCUUUUUAUUAGAUAUUUGUCUUUUUAGUUCACAGCUAAACACACAAGUGGAAAAAUGUUAAAGCCAGAUCAACACAGUUUGAGCUUUUCAGGUUUUUGGCACAAAAAAACUAAUUAAAAUUAGUUUAAAAAAAAACAACAACUUUAAACAGAAAUCUGCUAAAUAAGAUGCAUCUGUGUAGCUUCUUCUGAUAUUUCUUAUAUUAAAUUACAAAAUCUGAACUGAAAUAGUUCUGCUCUUUGUUUUCUUUCAUGCAUUUCUUUUCUGAUCUAAACUAAAUAAAAAUUGUUUUUUUCCCUUUAAUGUAGAAAGAAAAACAUUUCAAGUAUUGUUUGCAUUGAUAAAGCAGCUUAUCUAAAGAUGAGCAUCUUUAAUGGUGCGUUACAGACAUCAAUACCGUUUGUGCUGCGCGUCAAAGUUUCAGGCAGUGAAAUAAAAAGUGCUGCUUUUGCAACAUAA